AUGAAGACUUCAAUAAUUACUUCCCUUGUGGCUCUUGCCAUCAGCGUCGGCGCUGCUCCUUUGGAUAUCAGCGGAGGCAAACUUUCGCUUCAGCUCAACAUUGAUUUGAAUCAGGCCGGCUUUGGAGGAAAUAAUGACCUGUUUCACUUCACAUCAACCCAUUUCAUCCAUGCGGCGCCCGAGUUCGUCGUCAACGGCACGACGCCUACCGGUGGCCUCGCAGGAGCGUUGGGCUUGUUCAACUUCGGCAUCAACUCGCACGCCAACAUGAUAUGUUACAACAUCACACUACACAACUUCCAAGGCGAUUUCAGUUCACCAGCAAGCUCAGCCACCCAUAUCCACGAGGCCGCAGUGGGUGCUUCUGGUCCACCCCGGAUAUCAUUCCCAAAUCCCGUACGGUUCAAUGACGACCCGGCCGUCCUGAGAUCCGUCGGGUGCUUGACUGGGCCAUUUGCCACUGGACUUGUUAUGGAAGGCAAGGACACUGGGGAAGGGUUUCACAUCAGCCAAAUCGAAAAAAACCCGGCGGGAUUCUUCGCAGACACACACUCGAGCCUUGCACUACCGGGCGCAGUCAGAGGACAGAUAGCAUGA